AUAGUUUUUAGGUAAUCGACUUCGACAGGUCGACUUUCGUUAUCAAAACUCAUUUUUAAUUAAACAUGUCCAAGCGCAAGAGUCCGUUGAAGGUGAUCUCGGUCGACUCGGAGAACGACCUGGUGCAGAGCCUGGGCGAUCUUCUGAAACGGCUUGCCAAUGAGGCAUCCACCAGGCAAGGACAGUUCUAUGUCGGGCUUUCGGGUGGCUCGAUGGUCAAGCUGCUGACGAAGGCGUUGAUUGAGUCCGAUCUGGACACCAGCCUCUGGCUUUUCUUCUUUUGCGACGAGCGAUAUGUUCCAGAAAACAGUGAACACAGCACCUACCACGCUUACAAGAAGCAGUGGGCCAACGAGCUUCCCUCCAUUCGAGACGAACAGUUUAUAAAGGCCAAUACCCUGUUAGAUCUGGACAGCUGCGCGGAAGACUAUGAAGUAAAGAUCAGGACGGAGGUCCCGAAGACGGGCUCGCUGCCCCAGUUCGAUCUGCUGCUCCUGGGCAUGGGACCCGACGGUCACACGUGCUCCUUGUUCCCAGAGCAGCCGGAGUCUCUGCGUCAGGACGCACGACUGGUGAUCCCCAUUCGAAACUCGCCCAAGCCUCCUCCGGAGCGGAUUACCUUCACCCUGCCGCUGAUCAACAAUGCCAGGCAUGUGGCCUUUGUAGUAACGGGCGCUGAAAAAGCUACUGUGGUCCAGGACGUUUUUGUCCAUGUGGAUAAGACUUUCCCCUCCGCCUGGGUGGAUCCUGAAAAUGGAGACUUGACUCUGAUUGUGGAUGAAAAUUCUGGAAAAUAUGUUCGUUCCUUGAGCUCUUAACUUUAAUAAAUCAUUUUUGUUAAUUAUUUUUUAUUAAAAAAAGGAAAAUGAUAAAAAAAAA